GCUGCUGGUUGGCGCCCCUCUGGCCGCUCUGUGUAUCAUCUUAAACCCCGAAUUUGUACCCAACAAGGCUCCCGUUCGUGCUUAGGUGUCACCAGUCGAUAGUUUUAGGUUUUAAUGGAAAGAGGGUAAAGCUUCAGGAAAGACAUGGCAGAGCCAGCCCCUGAGGCUGCUGGCUUCGCCCAGGACCUGUUCUCGCCUCUCCAGUUCUGUGAGGUGGUUCAGGAAGGCCAGGGCAGCCACCAUCAUGUCAAGGAUGAGCCGCGGCCUCAGCAGCAGGCCCAGCUGGGAACCCCACACUCCUCAGCCCCUGUGACCUCCAUGGUCAAUUUGCCGGGAGUCACAACCACAGUUCCAUCGACAGCUAGUACCCAGCACUUACAUAUUCAGGCACAAACUUCCAUGGCUCAGAUGGUGCAGCAACACCAACAACAGCAGCAUGUACAGCAGCAUCCCCAUGUACAGCAGCAGCAACAACAGACAUUAUCACAGUCUCAGUUAAUGCAACAGCAGUUGAGUGUUCAGCAGCAAGCGCAGUCAAUGGCACAGCGUCAGAUGAUGCAACAUCAACAACAGCAAGCCCAACAGCAAGCCCAACAACAGGUUCAGCAGGCAGCCCACCAGGCACAGCAGCAGGUUGCUCAACAACAAGCCCAACAGCAAGCUCAACAGCAAGCUCAGCAGCAGGCUCAGCAGCAGGCUCAGCAGCAGGCUCAGCAGCAAGCCCAAGUUCAGCAACAAGUUCAGCAACAGGUUCAACAGCAAGUUCAACAGCAAGCCCAAGUUCAGCAGCAGGUUCAGCAGCAGGUUCAGCAACAGGUUCAACAGCAAGUUCAACAGCAAGCCCAAGUUCAACAGCAAGCUCAGCAGCAAGUUCAGCAGCAGGUACAGCAGCAAGUGCAGCAGCAAGUGCAGCAGCAGGUGCAGCAGGUUCAACAGACUCAGCAGCAAGCCCAAGUUCAACAGCAGGUUCAACAACAAGCCCAAGUUCAGCAGCAAGUUCAACAGCAGGUACAGCAGCAGGUGCAGCAGCAGGUGCAGCAGGUUCAACAACAGACUCAGCAGCAAGUUCAGCAACAGGCUCAGCCAUCAACACAACAGAUGAUGCAGUCUCAGCAGCAGACGCCAAAGCAGCAACAAUUGCAGCAGCAGCAGCAGCCUGGGCAACAGCAAGUGCAGCCAAGUCAACCCCAGCAGCAAGUGCAAAUGGCCCAGACUGCUGUGAAUAAUGUACAGCUUGUCAAUGGUCUGCAGAUGCCAGUUGCAGUGCAGCAUCCCAACACAGCAAAGACGCCACCUUCGUCUGGCGUAACUCCAGGCGCAGCAACUGCUUCUCCACCUCUGAUUGUGUUUACAGGCAUUGUUACCAGUGAAGGAGCGCCUGUCAGCAGUGCAAAUACAUCUUCAACAAGUACAGCUAAUGGAACUACAAGUGGAACUAGUAGUUCAGAUGUGAAACCAGUACCUGUAAAACGUACUUGGCGACGGCCCUGGAAGAAGAAGAAGGAACGAGAGAAGAAGCAACCUGUGAAGAAGGCGCGGAGAGUAAAAAGGAAGCGAGUAGUUGUCCCAAAAAAGAACAUCAUUCACAUAGAUCCAAGAAAUGGACCUGUGAUCGACACAACAAUUACACAAAUCAAGAGGGAGUCAGAGGAAGCCAUAAACCAGUUGAAACAAAAGAGACAACGUAUAAAGCUGAACAGAAAUUCAGGAAGGGAAUAUGUGAAUCGUUUAGGAAAGGUGGUUGGGGCACGGAUGAUUGGGUCACCUUGCAACUGCCCCCUCAAGUGCUGGGAGCGAAUGGGUUCAAAGAUUUUAGAAAUUUUCAAUAAUUUCUGGGAUUUGAGCGACUUUAAUCUCCAAAAUUCAUACCUGUUCACGUGUCUCAAGUUGUGUGAUGUCAAGCGUCGUUACACCAAGAAGGUAAAUCCUGCAGAGGAAUCCCGAAGACAAAACACUUUUGAAUACUUCGUCCGUAUUAGUGGAAAGCACUUGAGAGUCUGUAAAAGGGCUUUCAUGAGCUCGCAUGGGCUGACCAGCGACAAGAGACUACGAACUCUAUUUCAUCAAAUGAAGGAUGGAGCUUUAGUGCCAGAGCCAGACAGAAGAGGCAAGCAUCUACGACCUGCAAAAUCUCCAAAUCAGAUGAGUCCAACUCAAACGAUAGAACAGUGCCAGGGGAAUAACAAAGCCAAGAAACCCCGCACUGUUAAGAAGAAGCAGAAUAAUAAGCAGGAAAACAAGCCAAUGUAUACCCCUCCUCCACCUCCAAUGGGUCACAUCCAUCCCCAUUGCACGCCUCCUCCACCACCGGCGCACACCACCGCAAUGCAGGAGCCUCCACAUGCCUACAUCCCUAAUGGUGAUAUAUACUUCCCAGGCCACUAUCUAGAGCCGCACCAGUCAAUGGCUCCCCCUCCCAUGAACCAGAUUCCUUCUUGCCAAAAGAUGCUAGAAGCUCCUGCGUACUUCAUGGCUGGUAUGAAAGAGAACACCUUCCAUCAGUGACUAGAGUAAGCCUUCCACUGCUAAGUUCACCAUUUAUUUAUUUUCAUUUUUUUCAUUUUCAUUGUUUUCUUCAGUGAUAAGACGUGUGUUAUGGAUUUAUUUUGAAAUUCUGUGUCCGUGCCCAGCUAGACUUUUUAUAUGACAUGCUGAUCAUAUAAAGUUUGCUUUAUUUGUAUUCAAAGAGAAAUAGAUGAUUUUGGUGUGGAAGGUGUUGUGUCCUAAAUAUUUCUGCGGCAGCUAGAUUUCUUCUUUCAUUUUAGUAUAUUGAUUCUUUAUUAUCAUUGUUUAUAUUGUACUCUUAUAAAUUUUAUUUUUAUGAUUGUUAGCUUUAGUAUGAUGGGUAUUAUUAUAUUUUCAUCUUCUGAUUAUCAGUGAAUAUAUAAUGUUCUCAGAACUGAGUUAAAUAUUAUCAGGGCAUUUGUUAAUAUUAUAAUCUAUUAGAUGUAUAAAUUUCAACAUGUUAGUUGGAAGACGCCGAAAAUUAUAUGUAGAUUCCUGAAUCUACUGCUUAAACUUGGUGUAAUAUGGAUAAAUUACAGUUCCAUUUGUUUGUAAAGAACAGGUACUGAACAUUCCAGUAUUCUUAGUAAUAUCUAAAAGAUAAAAUGUUCUAAUAUUUCUUUCUUAUAGUUCUGAUUUUGGUUGCUAUUUAUAAGCUAGAAGCUAGUCUAACCAGAUAACUGCAUUUGUCAUAGAUAUUGAGGGCUCAGGGAGGGUUAAGUCGCAGCAGUGUUAUAUGCCGAGAGAGUGAUGUCCAUUUUUAGACGAUGGCAGCUGUCAUACCUGAUUUUGACAGAUUUUUUACCUUAGUGAUGAUGUUUCACCCAAAUCUUCAAUUUGGGCUUUAUACAAAAACUAAAGAAGUAGCAUAUAUCAAAUAAUUCAGCAUUAGAGAAGCAUAAGUGCUCUCUAGAAGGGAAAUUUUGCUGACAAAAACCUUAUGAUAUUCAUAUGUAUGUAUAUAUCACAAUAUUGCUUCGUAGCUUAAUACUAAUUGAUGCCAAAAUAGUAUUUGAAUGCUCUGAUCUCUUAAAAAUCAUUAUCAUCCUAAAAAUUUUACUUGAGCAGCAAUAGGUGUUAACUUGUUGAUGCAGGGAGUGUAUGUAUGAAUGCAUGUAUUGUCAACUGUGGUUUUGUUUUAUAGAGUUUGUUUACAAAUAGACUGAUUCACAAGCAUUUAGUCACCAAGGAGUUGUUACUCCUCCUCCUCCUCCUCUUCUUCUUCUUCU